UGAAGACUGAAGACUGAUUUCUGAAUUGGAUAAAGCCACUCAAGGUCGCAGAGGUGGAUUUGAAUUUCCAUCCAUAGCCUUCUCGUUUCGCGUUUAGCUUCAACUUUCGAUAUCUGAAACCAUCUCACUAAGAUGUUUCUUUAAUGGAAAAUUCUGGAACCUGUGUAAACGAUUGCCUCGGCGUCUGUGCUCCUGAGAAAGUUCUUUUUGCCAUAAGCUUUUGUAUUGUACUUUUGGGUUUCGUUCUUAUUGUUUCAGGGGUUUGUAUUGCUCAGCUUAGUGAGGGACUGCAUGCUCAUUUGUCCAUAUCAUAUGCAGCUGUCCCUAUUGCGUUUGCUGGCUGUGUUACACUACUGAUAGCCAUUGUUAGGAUUGUUUCUACAAGUCGACGUUUAAAAGAAAUGAAUUUAGCCCUUUGUGAGUUUGAAAAACAAUGGAAUCAAGAAGAGUCUCUGUCCUACAAUCUUCAAGGAAACGCAUAUAAUGCAUUUUCUUUUGUAAAUAAAUCGCCUGACAAUUUUAGCCCUAACUCAUUUUCGGAUAAGAAAGUUGAUCAUCUCCCCAUACCUGUAACAAACUAUCAUCAAAGAUUGCCAAUGCCUCCAAGACGAGCUAUUUUGUAUUAAGUCAACUCAACUUUAAAUGUAACACUGAUUUAAGAGUUCUCUGUAUGUUAGACAACUUUUAUUUUAAGUUUCAUCAUUAUUUCUAUUGACAUAAUCCGUUUUAGAAUUUUAUGUGGUUGCACUGAAACAUUAUUGUGCAUGCACUGUUCCCAAACUUCCAGAUUUGUGUUAUAAUUAACCCACCAGUGAUAACUUGGUUGAAUAAAGUAAAUCUUUUCUCAAGUCGUUCUUACUUUCUAGUUUACUCUAUUCUAUCCUGGAAGUUUUAAUAGAAAGGGUUUAUAUGAGUUUUCCCUACCAUCGCACGUUCAAACUAAGAUUUAAGAUAUUUGAUCAGUUUUGGUUGGCAUCUGCGCGUCCUGUGUGGAUUCCAUCGACUUGGUCAUUAUGGCACCAGCUUACAUAGAAUGAAUAGAGGUGGAUAGCAUUGUAAUCAGUGGAGUGCAUUUUGUUCUAUUCGGGACUCGCUAUUUCAAUGUACGUACCAAUUCUCAUCCAAACCACUAAAAGUUAAUUUGAAAUUCGUUUACGUUUCACAAGUUAGUGGCUAUCUGGACUUAGUCGCUAAGCGGGUUAUUCAUUGGGUUUAAGCGAACGGUAAUGGGUUAGAGUUCUGGAUUGAUCACCGACUCUUGGAUGUGGGCACACCUAGCAAACGAAUCACAAAUAGGACGAAACGCGCGUUCU